AUGGCUGGUAAGAAGAAGAGUAAGGCCAAGAACAAUAAAAACAAUCGCGCUCCCGUCGGUUCUGCACCCCCUGAAUCGAAGAAUAAAGACCUCGUCGACUCUGCCCCGGACCCGGCGGCGGCCGCUGUUGAGGAUGUCUUACAAGACAACAAUGAGCCCACCGCCGAACCGGAGAAGGACCCUGCCUCUGAAGAUCCCCCUGCUGCUGAGCCAAGUGGCGAUGAUAGUCCACCCGCUGAGCCCACAGAUUCCGCAGAGGCUGCACCACCAGCCGAGUCUCAACCCGACGAGGCUGCCCCAGAGACUAAAGAAGAGGGCAAGGAUGAACCUGCCCCAGAUACAGAGAACCCCGAUGAGGCUUCCAAGGAGGCUCCCGUAGAAGAUGCGAAACCGGAGGAUGCGAAACAUGACGACACUGCAGCACCCGAAGGCGAAGCAAAGCCCGAAGAGGAAGUAAAGCCUGAAGGUGAAGUGACGUCUGAAGGUGAGCCGAAGCCUGAAGAGGAAGCAAAGCCUGAAGAGGAAGCAAAGCCUGAAGAGGAAGCAAAGCCUGAAGAGGAAGCAAAGCCUGAAGAGGAAGCGAAGCCUGGAGAGGAAGCCAAGCCUGAAGAAGAAGCAAAACCUGAAGAGGAAGCGAAAACUGAAGAGGAAGCGAAACCUGAAGAGGAAGCGAAACCUGAAGACGACCCAAAGCCUGACGGUGAGCCAAAACCGGACGACGAAUCAAAGCCCGAAGGCGACGCAGCACCUAAUGGUAGUACGAAACCCGAAGAAGAAUCGAAGCCCGAAGAAGAAACUAAGCCUGAAGAAGAUUCAAAACCCGAAGAUGCAAAAGAUCCCCCAGCAGGCGAGAACACUAAAAAGGAAGGUGAUAGCGGGAACAAUGAUGAAGAUUUUCCAGACUUUGAUCUAGUUGUAGAUCCCGAGGCAGUAGCAGCCGAGAAAGAGGCUGCUGCUAAAGCGGCCGCCGAAGACGCCCUAGAGGCUGCGGAGACUCCAGCAGAGCCAGAGCCAGCCGUGGAGGAGCCAAAGGUGGAGGAAAAGUCAUUAGGCAAGAAGAAAAAGAAGAAGAAGGGCAAGGGCAAGGCAGCUGAUCCAGAGCCAGAGCCAGCGCCAACGCCGGCGGAAGAGCCAACGCCAGAACCAGAGCCGGCAGCAGAGCCAGAGCCGGCCCCAACGCCGGAACCAGAAGCAGCGGGCGAAGCAGCACCAGAGCCUGAAGCUGAGCCCGAAGCUGAGCCUGAAAAGCCCGCAGAUAAUCCCCCUGAACCCCCAGCCCCGGAAGAACCAAAAGCACCAGAGCUACCCGCAGAGGAGCCAGAGCCAGAGGAGAAACCAACGGGUAAGGGCAAGAAGAAGAAGGGUAAGAAGAAUAAGGCCGCUAAGGUAGCCGAACCAGUGCCGGAGCCUGCGCCGGAGCCUGCCGUCGAAGCAGCACCAGAACCUGAAGCAGCACCCGAGCCCACAGAGGCACCAGCAGCUGAACCUGAGCCUGCUCCACCUGCAGCCGAAGAAGAAAAGGUCCCCGAAGAACCUGUCAAGGAAGCCGAGCCGGAAGCUACGCCAGCUGACGAAACGCCGGCCGUCGAACCCGAAGCUGUUGCCGAGGAUAAGGCGGAACCUGUAGAGCCUGAACCAGUUAAAGAUGCCCCGGUGGAAGCGGAGGCUCCCGCCGAGGCUGUAACCGAGGAACCAGCUGCUGAGGUGUCACCUGAAGAAGCGCCAGUAGAAACUCCCGAAGAGGCUGCACCAGCUCCUGUUGAGGAGCCCGCCCCCGUCGAGGAGAGUGCUCCUCCUGCUGAGCCUACUCCUGAGCCUGCUGCUGAACCUGCCGCUGAACCCGUCGCUGAGCCCGUCGCUGAGCCUACGCCCGAACCUGCUGCUGAGCCUGCUGCUGAACCUGCUACUGAGCCUGUUGUUGAAGCUCCUGCCGAGCCUACUCCUGAACCUGCUGCCGAGCCUACUCCUGAACCUGUUGUUGAAGCUCCUGCCGAGCCUACUCCUGAGCCUGCUGCCGAACCUGCUGCUGAGCCUGUUGUUGAAGCUCCUGCCGAGCCUACUCCUGAACCUGCUGCCGAGUCUGCUGCUGAGCCUGCUGCCGAGCCUGCCGCCGAGCCUGCCGCUGAACCUGCCGCUGAACCUGUGGCAGAGCCUGUGGCAGAGCCCGUCGCUGAGCCCGUCGCUGAACCCGUGGCUGAACCCGUGGCUGAGCCUACGCCCGAACCUGCUGUUGAAGCUCCUGCCGAGCCUACUCCUGAACCUGCUGUCGAACCUGCUGCUGAACCUGCUGCUGAGCCCGUUGUUGAAGCUCCUGCCGAGCCUACUCCUGAGCCUGCUGCUGAACCUGCUGCGGAGCCUGUUGUUGAAGCUCCUGCCGAGCCUACUCCUGAACCUGCUGCUGAGCCCGUUGUUGAAGCUCCUGCCGAGCCUACUCCUGAGCCUGUUGUUGAAGCUCCUGCCGAGUCUACUCCUGAGCCUGUCGCUGAGCCUGUCGCUGAGCCUACUCCUGAGCCUGCUCCUGAACCUGUUGCUGAGCCCGUGGCCGAGCCUACGCCCGAACCCGCCGCUGAGCCUGCUCCCGAACCCGCUGCUGAGCCUGAACCUGCUCCUACCGCGGAGCCAGCGGCCGAGGAACCUGUACCCGCCCCAGUGGAAGAGACACUCGCAGAAGCUGUAGCAGAACCAGAAGUUGUGCCCGUUGAGGCACCAAGGGAGAUUCCAGAUGAAGCACCUGCUGAUGAGCCAGUGCCCGAAGCACCAGCUCCUGUCGAAGCUGCCCCGGCUGAGCCGCUAGUUCCGGAAAGAGUCCCAGUUGAAACACCGGCAGAGGAGCCAACUCCUGAGCCGGAGGCUGCUAGAGACUUCCCCGUUGAAGACCUACCAGCAAAGCCAGAAGCUGCUCCCGAGCCAGUCCCCGUCCCUGCUAGCGAUGAAGUGGCGCCCGACGAGCUCAUACCGCCCCCAGCAGACGUCCUGCGUGAGGUGGAGAUGAUUGACAUCGAGCCUGUCGGAGAAAGUGCCGAAGCCGCAGCCGCCCGCCACAGCUCCCGACGCCGCAGAAAGCGCACCUCACCGAUCGAGGGAGAGCGCGAGCGUCGGGUUGAUGGAGAACGAGAGCGUCGGCAGUCCAAGACAUCUUCCGAAGGCCGCCGAGAUCAACUCCAGCGCCAGAAAAGUGAGCGAGGAGGCAUCAUCGCCGGCCGGUGGGCCAAGGCACUGGAAGAAGCCCGACGCCAACACGAUGAGAAAUCCCAAAUCCAACGAAGGCAGCGCGCUCUCGCCGAGGAGCGCGAGCGCAGCGGCAUCCCUGCCCCCGAGAAACUAAAGCGCUCGAAGAGCUCGUCCAAGGAUAAGGAGAGGGAGAGGACACGGGAGUUGGAAAUGGAGCCCGAGGUUAUCGAAUCCAGAUCCAAACGCCGUACCUCCGACACUCCCUCGGGCCAACCGAUCGAACGAUCCCGCUCAACUAGGACCUCGUCGAAGCCAGUGGCAUCAUCGGUGCCGACGCCCAGGCCCCGUGCCUUCCUGCGAUACAUGACAGAAGGCAAAUCGGAUACCAAUGGGCCUUUACUGCGUCUAAAUGCCACCAAGGCUGCACCACCAGUUGAAUCGUCACGCCGGUCAUCGGCAAGUCACAGCAGUGGCAGCCGUCACGAUCGGACGGAGCAUGAAGAGCGACACUCCAGUGGUCGGUCUAGUGGAUCACGGUCGCGACGCGAAGAGGAGGCUCCUCGCAGUGAGCGUGUUGAACGCACUGAGAGUAGGAGAUUGCGACGCUCGUCGACGGCUGAGCAUGGUCGAUCUCGCGAGGAGAGGAAGGAGAGAGAGAGGGGCAAAGAUCGAGACCGGGAGCGUGAGCGUGAGCGCGAACGCGAACGGGGAAUAGAGGGAGAGAAGGAGAGGGAGAAGAAGCCUGAGGGCUCCUCCCGACGUUCCAGGGAGUCCAGAGAGGUGCGCUCUCAUCGUCGCCACAGGCGCGAGGAAUCGCCUCCCCGAGAGGAGUCGAAACUGAAGGGUCUCUGGAGAGCCAUUGCUGCCCAUUGA